AUGGGCCGUCUGGAAGGGAAAAUAGCCAUCGUCACCGGAGCCGCUGCUGGUUUCGGAGAGGGCAUCGCCCAACACUUCAUCGAGGAGGGUGCCAAGGUCUUUGUCUGCGACAUCAACGUCGAGCUAGGCGAGAAGGUGGCUUCGACCUCGGACAAGCUCUUCUUCCAGAAGCUCAAUGUGACCGACAAGGCCGGCUGGGACAGGGCGAUCGACCAGGUCAUUUCGAAAUUCGGUCGUCUCGAUAUCCUCGUCAACAAUGCCGGGACGAGUUACCUCAACAAGGCAAUGACCGAGGCCGAGUUCGACAAGGUCAUGUCUGUCAACGUCAAGAGCGUCUUCCUCGGCACUCAGGCCUUCGCCGUGCAGGCCAAGAAGAAUGGCACCGGCGGCGCCAUCAUCAACAUUGCCUCCGUGGGCGCUCACCGUCCGCGACCGGGGCUUGUCUGGUACAAUGCCUCCAAGGCCGCCAUUGCCAAUGCUACCAUGGGACUCGCGGCCGAGUACGGACCCGAUGGCAUACGCGUCAACUCCAUAUGCCCUCUGGCAACCAUGACCAGUCUCCUGCCAACAUUUAUCGGCAAAGAAAUCACGCCGGAAGUUCAGAAGGCUCUAAGCAACGUCCCUCUCCAGCGCAUGGGGGAGAUUCGUGAUGUGACCAAGGCUGCCGUAUUCCUAGCCAGCGAGGACGCAUCCUUCAUCACCGGCGUCAACCUCGAUGUUGACGGUGGACGUGCAAUCUAG